CUGACAGUUUCCGUUCGUCAACGACAGCCUCCCCACGGCGCUCUCAAUCGAUUUCUACUAGUAGACCUGACUGGCCUUGGGCCACCCGAACAUAUCCUCACCGUAUUAAUUCUCAAUCUCCCUUGAGCUCGUCCACAAUGUCCACCCCAGUCUCCCAGUCCAAUUGGGAUCCAAGAGCUUCAAGUUCCGGACCCUCUGCUUCUGGCAAUGUGCCUAUGGCACCUCUGACGACCUGGCGGGCCAAUUAUACGCCCAGGGCAGGUGCUCACGCCAUAGGUUCCAAUGGUCCUUUGAGGCAGGAGGCAGUUGAAACCACACGCCAGUGGUCACUGACAGGUUUCGAAUGGGCGGUUAAAGACAUCGCCAAACUGCGGAACUUUGUCGAAGGAUCCCCCACUGGCACUGACCAACCACAACUUUCUGCAGAUGACUUUGAGAUAUUGAAAGAGUCACCGACGUUGGCGGACAGCAAAUUCAAGCUGGAAAUUGGCAUGUCUGUUACAAUCGCAUUUGAGAGCCGUGAUAACACUUUUCUCAGCUCUGACCACCCCUGGAGACGCGCCUGGAAGGGCACUCCUGUCUCUGUAUAUUACUUCUCUGUUCUUAGACUACGGGUCGGGCGACUUGGAAACAUCGGCCACGAUGAUGGCGGCCAUCAAAUGCCAGGAAGACAAAACAGGUCAAAGAGGUGCUCGCCCAGAAUGGAAUGCCCGCUUCCUUCCCUUUCUGAUCUCCUCAGGAAUGAAAGAAUACGGGAGACAGAUUCAUUUGUAAUUUGUCUCCAGAUCCAUUCACCUUCCGGCCCUAGCAUACCACAGCAACCCGCAACCUGCUACGUCCCUCGGGAUCUUCUUGACGGCCUAGAAGCAUCAUUAGACAACCCCAUUACAGACACUGGGGAUGUCAAAUUCAUUUGCCUUGAGAGGCUUGUUGAAGGUGAUGAGCCGCCUCUCUCGGCCUCGACGUCUUCCAUGUCUCGACAGACCUCAUCGUCGUUGGGCUCCCCCCGCCAUCCCUUCUCCUCUCAGGCGACCGCAAGAAAGCGCGUUAUAUAUGCCCACUCCGAUAUCCUUGUUCGGAGAUCGGAAUAUUUCGCAACCAUGCUAUCAUCGUCGUUCUCUGAAACUAGUUCCACUGUUCCAGGAGAGCGCAAGAUACACACCAUAGUCGUGGAGGAGGCCGAUUUCGAAACAAUCUAUUGGUUACUCAAGUUCUGUUACGCUAAUUGGUUACUGUUCAAACAGAACGACGAUCCCAGAGCCGCCGUAGAAGGUGUGGGUGCCGGAUGGAGUGCGAAAUGGCUCACUUCUCCUGAGAAUGAGUGGGAAUGGAAAACGUUUUACAAAUCUGCAGCAGAGGAUAAUGUAUUCGAUGCCAGGAGUGCCACGAGUGGAGACAGCAUCCCUGCCAGUGGAAUCAGCAGAUCUACCAGCAAGAAGUCUGACAUACCUGAAGAUGUUCCUCCCCAAACAUCCGGACAAUCUGUUUCCACUCGACCCGCUGGUACAAGCUCUAAAGCACCUCCGACCGUCGCCCGUCCUGCAACCUCUGGGGCCAGGCGAUCUACCACGAAUACCUCAACCCUGGGGCCCGGAGCUUCAAUGAGCGGAACUUCGCGGCCAAAAACAGUGCCAAUUGCUACCAGUGGUUUUGCUACUUCAAGGGCUUAUCCCGUCUCUCCCCGUGCAGCCCGCCCAUUACCGCCACCUGUCCCAGAUCCUCAUCCCCACCCCACCCCACCCCCUCCCCCGGCAUCAGCGUUGGCUAUGUACCAAGUUGCACAUCGUUAUGCCAUGAACGGCCUCGCAACUCUCGCUCUGGAACACAUUAUGUCGACCAUCACCCCGCAGUCGUGCUUCCCAUUGCUUCUCGCCAGUUAUACUUGGGACGAACUCUAUGGAUUGGUUGAGUGGGACGAAGUUGCUGGUUCUGAUGAAUUUGAGCAGUGCUGCAAGGAAAUUGCCGCCGGGGAAUGGGGCUCGGAUGGUGGGCAGACCUUGAUGUCUGUUUUUCGGAGACUGCGCUCUCCCAGCACCCUCACGAACUAG